AUGUCAACUAGAACAGCUGGAUCCCCUGAGAAAGCUCAAGACGCUAAAAAGCAAAAGACAGAGGAUGUUCAAAUCAAAAAGAAGGUCUGUUUGAUCGUCCACGAUGGAUGGGGUCUAUCGGAUAACGAGAAAGGAAAUGCGAUCUUCCAUGGUGACACAACCCACAUGGAUGCCAUCAGGGACAAACACAAUUUUGUCGAGUUAGAAGCUCAUGGUUUGGCGGUUGGUUUGAAAGAAGGUUUGAUGGGAAAUUCUGAAGUCGGUCACUUGAAUAUUGGUGCUGGUAGAAUCGUCUGGCAAGAUAUCGUCAAGAUUGAUCAAUCAAUCAAAAAAGAUGAAUUUCAGAAACAACCUGCAAUUGUUGCAACCAUGAAACAUGCUAAAUCAACUAAUGGUAGACUCCAUUUAUGUGGAUUAGUUUCUGAUGGAGGUGUGCAUUCGCACAUUCUUCAUUUGUUCGCUCUACUUCGAGCUGCUAAAGAACAUGAUAUAUCUCAAGUUUACAUUCAUUUCUUCGGUGAUGGAAGAGAUACUUCACCUAAAUCAGCCACUAAAUAUAUUGGUCAAUUACAAGACUAUAUAAAAGAAAUUGGUGUAGGUGAAAUAUCAACUGUUAUAGGAAGAUAUUACGCAAUGGACAGAGAUAAGAGAUGGGAUAGAAUCAAGAUUGCUAUCGAUGGUUUAAUUGAUGGUCAAGGUGAAAAAUCAACUCAAGACGAUUUGAUCAAAACUGUUGAGAAAAAUUAUGAAAAUGGUAUUACAGAUGAAUUCAUCAAGCCUAUCAUCGCAGGUUCAGAAGAUUCUAGAAUCAAGAAGGGAGACACCCUUUUCAUGUUCAACUACCGAUCUGACAGAAUGCGAGAGUUGACUUCGGUCCUUGGUCUCCCCGAGAAACCUAUGGAAGUGACCGUUCCCGAAGACUUGAAUAUCACCACAAUGUCCAGAUAUAAUGCCGAAUUCCCAUUCUCCAUCGCUUUCCCUCCUCAAGGAAUGACCAAUGUGCUCGCCGAAUGGUUAGGUAAACAAAACGUGAAACAAUGCCAUAUCGCUGAAACCGAAAAAUACGCUCAUGUCACAUUCUUCUUCAACGGUGGUGUAGAGAAAGAUUUCCCUGGAGAAGCCAGAGAAAUGAUCCCUUCUCCUAAAGUUGCCACCUAUGACAAGAAACCUGAGAUGUCUGUUCAAGCUGUUGCGGACAAAGUUGGAGAAAUCGUCAAAUCAGAUAAAUUCGAAUUUGUCAUGUGCAACUUUGCUCCUCCUGAUAUGGUCGGACACACUGGUGACUACGACGCUGCCGUCAAGGCCAUCACAGCCACUGACGCCGCAGUGAAGACAGUCUACGAUGCAUGUGAAGAAGCAGGAUACGUACUGUGUGUCACUGCUGAUCACGGUAAUGCUGAGCAAAUGCUUGACCCCGUCACUGGUAACCCUCACACAGCCCAUACCACCAACCACGUGCCUUUCAUCGUUACUGGGGACAAAGGUGCUUUGGAACUAUCCUCUGAGCCAGGUGCUUUGGCAGAUGUUGCUCCUACGAUCUUGGCUAUCUUGGGUCUUCCUCAACCUGAAGAAAUGACUGGAAGAUCUCUUCUUUCCAAGCAGUAG